GUCUGGCAUCACGGUAGUAAAAUAAAAUGAGAAAUGGAAAGCUAACGUUUGCAUAGGGAGAAAAAGUUCAUUGGAAUAAAAUCGAAGAAAAGUGACUGGAAGUCUUACUCUCAAAUUUGGGUAUGAACAAAGAAAGAAGAUUCUUUGGCGGUAACUCGUUUAGGUAAGAGUGAAACAGAGUGAUCUUGUCCGCUAAAGCAACGAAAGAAAUUAUAAGAGAGAGUGAGCAUAACGCUACGCUAGGUCUCACGCAGUGGCGCGCGUGAGAGCGUCUUCAUUCUUUAGACGUAUUUUGCGACGAACGGACGUUCGUAGUGUUGCGUUCCAGCAGGUAAAAAAAAAUCGGCCGACCGGACGUUGGGAGUUCCGCGGUCCAUCGGAGAAAAUUCUGUCGACCGGACGUUAGUAGUUUCGCGGUCCAUCGGGGAAAAUUCGGCUGACCGGAAAAUGGAAGGACACGGUCACCACAAUGGCGCAGUCGAAGGGAAAAAAUCGUCCAAAAAGUUGAAAACGAAGAUCGGUAUUCCGUUUGCUCCUACCACAUCAUCUCGAGAAAUGUCGGAAGAAAACAAGGUCGAACCCCCUUCUGCAGAGCAAAGCGAAAAAGUCAAGGAAUUGACGAAGGAACUUGAAGCGAGAAAAGCUCUCAUUGAGCAACUUCAACAACAACUCAAAGCACAAGAAGAGAGAGAAGCGCUCCGAGCGAUUCAGGAGGGAUCGGGUGCGACGACAGUGGCAGCAGCAAGCGAAGAUGGCAGCAUUGGUUUUGUUCACGCUAUUGGCCCAUCGAGUACCCAGCGGGCGGCCCUACCACUGGCGAAUGCGGAAGAAUCCAGGUUCAUGUCCUCGGUAAACCAACUAUCAGUUUCCUCUAUACACGUCCCUGAAUGCAAGCCUAUGGAAGGAGACGUGGAAAUCUACAGGUAUUCCUAUGAAGCAUGGAGAGAGCUAUUGGAGGACACAAUGCGACUCGCGGGCGUGGAAGAUGAAGCCACCAAGUUCACCAUCUUCAAGAUAAAAGCGGGAGCACGCCUACUGCAGAUCUACCGAAAUACUAGAUCCCAAACUGACUCACCAGAUGCAACUACCGAACCGUUUUCCAAUGCACUGCAUCGGCUGAAAACGUAUUUCGGCUCAGGGUCAGAUGUGAUGUUGCAAAGACGGAAGUUGUCCAUAAUGAAACAGAAACCCGGCGAGUCAAGUUUGUCUUUCAUCACUCGUGUCGGCGAUACGGCUCGGUUGUGUGAAUUUGGAGAGGAAAAGGAAUUCGAGGAAAUUGUGGGCGCCAUAGCGGAACACGCAAUGUGUCGAGAUGUUCGUGUUGCCGCUCUGAAAAUGUUGAGCCGAAAGGGAACAUUUGCUAAUCUUGUCGAUAAAGUGCGAGAACUGGAAGCAAUACGCAUCAACGAAGAAUUUUUCAAGCAAAGCCACAGCAAACCGGAUCCGGGCCUGGUUGCGCCAGUAACCGCGGGAUAUUCAGUUGGUGAUAGAGUUCCAAAUCCACGAUUCAACCAGGGAUUCAACCCUAGGCGAGGACGAUUCCAGCAUAUUGCGUCACGCAGAAGAGAUGAGCGAUUCGAUCCGAUUCGAGGAAUCCGCACUACCGGCGGUAAUGGUGCCAAUCGUCGGGCUCCGAACGAUGAUUCGGGAGCUAAUCCAGAAAGAUGUUGGAGAUGCAACAGCGUCUAUCAUCUCGCGGCGACAUGUAGCGCGGCCGAUAAGAUAUGUUUGGGGUGCGGCCAUCUGCUCCCGUACGCGGUCUCCCAGUGUCGGUUCCUUUGCGAACUUUCGUUCCAAGCUUGUUAG